AAGUAAACCAAAAUAAAGGGGAAGGUGCUUCGCCUCACUGCAGAAGCCCCAGCUGUUUGUUAAAGCGUGACAUCUUUUACUGUGUCUUUAUUGUUCCUCGGCAGGAUGUCUUUCCCCUCCUCUUUCGGUACGCAGCUUUCAGCCAUCAUGGAUGUGUUAGCGAAAGCUGCGGUCGCCGAAAUAACGAAGCUGAUGGAGGAGGGGAGCGUGGUUCUGCGGCUGGAGAUGUGUCGGAGGGAUACUGAGAUUCAGGAGCUCAAAAGAAGUUUGAAGCUGAUGGAGGUUGAGCACUACAAAGCUCAAGAAGAAGUCACAACCAGAGCUACAGAGGACAAACUGCACCAAACAGCAGCCGGGAAUCAGGUCCCCCGAAAAGAAGAGAAAGAAGAUCAGCAAACAUGUGCAGUGUAUCUGGAACCCCAGUCUGCUCAUUCAGUGUGCGAGUCUGGACACGGAACAGAGGAGCGCCAGGACAUGAGGCCAGCGGUGAAACACGAGCCCGCUGAUGAACCUGCUGCCCAGGAAACAACGGGCAACACUGUCGCAGCAGUCAUUUGCUUUGAGGCGGGAGAGCGAGACGACAUGAUCUGGCCUCCGCCUGCUUGCAGCAUGUUUGAGAAAAACUCUGUUGCGAUGCAGCCGAACAUUCAGAUGUUCUCCUCUCACACUGAGCAAUAUGCUGCCCAUAGAAACACAGAAGGUUCCUAUAACUCUUCAUCCUCCGCAGUAGAGGACAUUGCUGAUGAUUCUUUAAGUGUGCCCAUAAAAGUAGAGGUAGAGAUUCGACCCACGUGCAUGGAAAGUUCCACUUCACAGUUCGGACGUGCUUCACACGCUGCAGUCAGUCAUGAUCCGUGUUCGCAACAGGCCGGGCCGUCACUAGCCCCGCCUCAUGCACAGAGGUCCACGUCAUGCACGUCAGGAUCAAACGCAGAAGGUCACACCCUCAAUAGGAACAACCUGAGAGCAAAACGGUUCAUGAAUGUUUGGAGAGCAAAUCAAAAACUGUUCAUCUGCUCGGUCUGCAACAGGGGUUUCCCUCGCAUGUCUCAGCUAGAAGAGCACAUGGCCUCCCACCAGCCCUUCAAACCUUUCCGGUGCCUCGAAUGCGGGAAAUCGUUCACCCAGAAGACCCGACUGAAGACGCACCAAAGCGUUCACACGGGGGAGAGGCCAUAUAGCUGCAAAAUCUGCGGCAAGAUGUUUUCGAGGCAGGACAACUGCCUGAGACACGAGCGCUUCCACAGCGGGCUGAGGCCGUACAGCUGUGGACAGUGUGGUAAGAGCUUCACUGUGCUGGGUAACCUGAAAAUACAUCAGGAGAUUCACCUGCAGGGAAGAUAGCGCUCGGAAGAAGCGUUGCACAAUGUACUGUGACAGUUUUAACGCAGGGUGCAAGGCGUGGACGUUGGCAGAGAUCCAAAGAUGGAAUGAGGCAAUAUUCGAUAGUUCUAUUUAUGAACAAGUGUUCUGCAUAUGUUAGAAAUGCAGACUCAUCAUUUCAACUAAACCCCAUACAUACUAUUUGAAGCGAGUCCUGCGGUGUAAAGGGCUUCUUGGUGCAGUUUUUGAGAAUGGAAUAGAUUUACAUCUGUGUAAAGAUGGGUUGCACAAACAAGGAUUCGUUUAAUCUAAGAUUAGUGGCAGUCAGUUUAGCAGAACGAGGUUUUAAAAUGAGGAAAUCCAGAUUUCCAGAUCCUCAUUUUGUAAAAGUGUAUUGAUGCAAACUAAAAUUAAGUAGAUUUGCAUCAAUAUGGAGCUGUUUGUUCAUUAAAAUAAGAUUAAAAAACCCACCAGAACGACACCUCACUGCCAAAGUGAGUUAGUUAACCCGACAUCAACAUUACUCAUGUAAAACUGAAUUCAUGGAGCAAUAUGACCAAAAAAUAGAAGAUAAUUACAACAGAGAGAGAAAGCACUCGAGCGGUUUUAAAUGUUAAACCUCCUCGAGUGUAAGUUUUAAAGUUAAUACUAGAUCACAUCUUGAAUUGGAGUUUAAAGUUUUUGGUGCAACAGAAUUAUAUUUAAUCUGUUUGGAGUAAAAACUAGAGAAGUAUACAUCUACUCUUUCUUCAUUUUGAACUGGUUUUAUAGUUUGGUGCAACAUGAUUUAAAGUUGAAGUAUGAUUUUAAUCAGGUUUUGCAACACGACCUUAGAAACUCCGUUUUCCUCUCGUCUCUGUGAUCUUACAUAAAAAUGAUUCGAAUGAGUUCCUUGCAAUUUUAGAAAAGGAGAGCAUCAGAUCAGAUCUUCACUUCAGGUUUAAGAAUCUGUUUCGAGCUUUUGAUCGGUGCGUGUUUGAUCUUUCCAGUUUUCUCAUGAUCUUGUACUCGCAGGUAUUUCAGUGCCUUGGAAAUGUUCUGGUGUCCUCGCUUCCUAAAGCUCCUUUAUCCCUGAACCUUCCUACAUACAGACAGCAUUUAACCUAAAAUGACCUUUCACACUUUGAUUACGCACACAAGUGGUGUACAGUACAUUUAUUAUGUGGCCUCUGAACAGUUUGGCGCACCAGUGAUGAUUUAGGUGUGUCAUAGUAAAGGGAGUGAGCGUGAAUGCCUAUGCAAUAAUUUCUAUAUAUAUAAGUCCAGAAAAGUCCUUGAGAUGUGGAAACCCUGAUAUAAUUUGAAUGUGUAUAUUACUUGUACUUAAAAAAAUACUUUAAAAUAAGUAUAAAUAUGAGUAUAUGUAUUAUAUGCCUGCUUUUUUCCCCCCACAAACAUGUUGAAUUAUGUUUAUACUGUAAAUGUAUAUAUUAU